UCGCAGCAUCAGCACCAGUCGCAGCAUCAUGACGUCCUCCUGUGGCGGCUGUGGGCUCUUCGUCCUGACCGUGAGGGCGUUGCUAGGGAGACCGACGUGGGGCAGGUCACCAGCCCUCACCCAAUCAGCUGCUGUGUCCCAGAGCAGAGCGGUCAUCACCUCCAGCAAGACGCAGCACGCGCCACACACACACACGCAGAGUAGAUCGGUCGUCACCUCCAGCAAGACCUGCUCUUUGGAGCCACUGUCCCCAACACAACGCAAAUCCCCCGGCGCCACAGGUAAAAAAGGGGAGCGCACCUCUCCCUCCUCCCGGAGCUCCCAGCGGAACCUCUCUGCGGCGGCGGCCGUUGCCGUGGCGAUGAAGGAGCAGUACCGUCCGCAGCCUGCGCGGGGCGCCGUCGGGCGUCACAGCAGCAGUGCGCUGGACCUGGGGGACGUGGUUGAGAACACGCGCAGGGCGCUCGCAUGCAAAUCCCUCCGACGCUUCCUAGUGGAACCUGCGCUCGCACGACUGGUCACGGAACACCUGGCAGACGACAUCCGACACAGCAACGCUCUCAUACUGGAGUGCGACCCAGGUCCGGGCCUGCUGACGAGGGCGCUGCUUAACUGUGGAGCCCAGAGGCUGGUGGCACUAGAGGGGGACAAGACCUUCCUCCCGGACCUACAGGCCUUGGAGCGUCGUGUGUGUGUUCCUGGUCAGCUUGAGGUGCUCCACUGUGACUUUGCCAAGCUGGACCCCAUUCGCCAGGGGAACAUGCGCCCCCCCGCCAUGUACUCAGAGAAGCUGUUCACACACCUGGGAGUCGAGGAGGCAGACUGGACCGCAGAUGUUCCUGUAAGGGUGGUUGGCAUGUUCUCUCUAAAGAGUGAGCGGAACCUCCUGUUGAAACUCGUCUACUCGCUCUUCGAACGGCUCUCAGUGUUCCGCUACGGACGCAUAGAACUCAUCGUCUUCAUCACCGAGAGGGAGUACACCAGGCUGGUGGCGAAGCCGGGCAAUUUCAGGGCCUACCAACCAGUUGGAGCUCUAUGGCAGAUGGCAUGCAAUAUACAACUACUGCACAAGGAGCCUGCCUCGUCGUUUGUGACGACCUCGAAGGAUGGACGUCUGGCGAUCCCCAAGAACGCUCUGCCGGAUGACAACAUGUGUCUGGUGCGCUUGACGCCGCGUGAGGAUUUCUUCACGUCCAGACUGACGCCACACAACGGAGGAACACUCGUCAUGAUGGUCAAGCAGUGUCUCGCCAAGCGGAGGGCCCUAUUGGUGGAGAGACUAGACUCCUGGUCUGCAGACAGUGGUUCGGUGCUGGUGCGUGAGAUGGGCCUGUUUGAGGACGUUCUGACGGGCCAGCUGUAUCCGGAGGAGUACAAACAGCUGUUCUCCCUCAUGGAGCAGUCACAGCAGUUCAAGCAGAGCUGGCUCUACGAAGAGAUACUGGAGAACACCAAGGUGUCCUGUUGAGGAACACACACACACACACACACACACACACACGGGCACACACACACGGGCACACGGGGAGACAGUUCUCCAGCUGAAUCACAGAACUUUGGAAAACACCUGGUCCUGCUUUGUGGACAUGAACACACACAUACACAUCACAAAUCACAAAUCAGUGGAUGGCUAUUUUGAUCAUAAUUGUUUUUGUUGUUUUUUUUCCCAAAAAGAAAACAAAUAUCUUCUGAAAUGAA